UGAGAGAGAAAAAGCCACUAUUUAUUCCGUGACAUAAAAACCAAUCAUAAGAGAAGAAAGUUGUGAGUUUGUUCUGUAACCUGUUUGGGUGGAAUACCCACUGGAAACCCUCCGGAAAAUAGUGUCUGUUGUCUAAUAAUUUCAUCACUGGUUGCUACUUGUGUACGUUCCAUCAUUGAUAAAACGGGAUUCCAUUUUAUUCCUUCUACAGUGCAGUGAGCGCCAAGGUUUUGCCAAACAAAAAAGCUCUCUUGUGCAUCAGAGCGGAGUCUUGCAUUCGGCCGAAAAGCCAAGUCCAGUUGGAAGCUUUGUAAAACGUUGCGCUAUCCAAACAACUGCAAUACGCCAUUAGUAAUUCACAAUUGUAUUGACCGAACUCAUCACGUGACCGCAGAUACAGCUGAUCGAAGCGUUCAGUUGAAGGGAUGCCUACAGCGUGGACGUAAUUCGCGCGACAAAUUACCAAGACCAUGGUUGAAAAAUGCCAAUUAACCGCCAUGCCUCCACCCCAGCCGUAACUUUACAACAAAAACCCAGUGUUUCGGUGACUGCCUUCGGUACGGCCGUUUUCGCAUCCCAGUUACAUGUGAACUCCUCAUGGAUAAGCGUAACUCAGGGGCCGCUGGAUGAAAACCCAAUCGCUUUGAAUGAAUCGAAGAGGCUGGCUAUGUGUUGCAGUCCGACGGGGUGUAGUCCGAAGCGUUUGACCGACAGAAAUCCAGCUCACGGAGAAUCGACAUUAGAGCAUCAAGAAAGCCAUGAAAAACCAAAAGAACCCCACCGGCUAGUCAAGGUAUCUGGGGGUUUCCAUCACGCGGAUAGAUUGCAUGAGAAGAAAUUAACAAAAUGGAGGCGAUCGAUCGAUUUGUCGGAAGAAAUGGGUUCGAGAAGUGGCAGAAUAUUGUUUCCUCAUCCACAGGCCAUUUACAGUCCCACCCAGGGAGCAGGUACCCCGGAGAAAGUAACAACAUCUCAAACACCAGAAGGUAAGCUUUUAAAAAAUGAAAACGAAAGCCGCAAGCAAGCAACAGCAAAAUCAAGACGGACGGGAGGAUUAUUCCCGAUACAGGCCCCAGUAGCACAGAAUGCAUGGAACAAUGGUUUCCAUACAGUGGGUUUCAGCGGACAGCAUAUAGGGAAUGGUGUCACAAGUGUAAUAUCACGCCGUACACUAGGUAAAGCGCUUCGGACACAAAGUGCGUUAAACGAAUUCGAAUAUGCUGCAAAAAUACUGUCAGCAGAAUCAGGAUACAGAGACGGAGGAAAAUUUACUGUAUCAACGCACACAGUGGACAAAAUGGACGGCAGAAAACCUGACGAGAGUGUAAUGAACAGACCUCAUAAGCUGGGAGAGAUAAUGGACGAAAUACUGCGUGAUAUAGCAAAGAAAAAAAACGGUGAUAAAAGAAGCAACUCCACCAAAGGAUUAAAAGGGGGAAACGGAAAUUCGAAGCAGAUGUUAAAAGAAAACAGGGAAAAGUCUGAAGAUCGAAAAGCAACCAUGUACAAAAGAGAACAAAUUGACGAAAAGGUAAACCAAUUCUAUUUAUAUGAAAUUCGAAAAGAAAAGAAAUGCAGCCUAAAUAUAAAGCAGACAGACAGUAUAGCAAGGAUAAGUAAAAGUGAAAUAGAAACACACAACGUAAACAAAGAUGACAGGGGCGAGCAAGAUAUAAAGAAAGAAAAUGGUCAAAAGAAAAUAAAACUACAAAAAGACAACACGAUCAAAGAACAAAACAUAAACAAAAUAGGCACAAAUGAAGAACGGAAAGAAACAAAAACAGAUAUAUUAGUAAAAAACCAAAAACCUGAAAACACUCACAGAAAUACAAACGUAAAGAACAGCGAAAAUGAGGAGAAGAGUAAAAACCGCAAGCAAUGCGGGAGUAAAGAGCAGAUAAAUGAGAAGAAAGAGGAAAACGCAGACACAGCAAAAGAGAAAACGGAGAGAAAUUGGAAAAACGAGAUAAGCUGGAGAGAGAAAAAUAAAGAAACGCAAAAAUUUAACAACAGGACCGAAAAUAACCAAGCAGAAAUAUGCGACAGCAGUAGACAGAAAGGAAAACAACGCAACAAAGACGAAAACACAAGAGAUUCGAACACGAGCAUUGACACACAAAUCCAGCCGCAGUCCGUAUACGAUCGAAUAAACGCACGCGAUGCGCACGAACAAGAAACACACACAAUCACUCCCACACAUUCG